UAAUGGCAGAAGAGGUGUGAUAUGUUGGAUAAAUCUAAAUAGACUAAGCUGUGGGUUGAUUCAAGGUGCAAAGAAACUAUUAUUAUACUUUUUUCUUGAUGGUUACACCAUAUGACAAUUUGAAAGUUUUAAAUAGUUUUUUUUUUUUUAUGUAUGAAACCAAAAUGGACACAAAGAUCAGAUUUCCGAGAACUUGACACAAAUGUUCUUAACUUUUCUUAUUUUAAAACCUUGGACAACCUUAUUUGUCAAUGACCCAUAAGUAUUAAACGAUCCUUAAUGGGCGUUUCUCAAUCUGUGGGUGUUUUCAAAUCGGAACGGAUGUUUUACAACUAUCCAAUGAAAGUAGGCAAAUCGUGUAAAGAGAUUGAAAAACCCCCAUCCCGGUUUGAAAACGCCCAUUUUUCAAGUCUCUCACGUGUGGAGAUAAAGUACAUCAAUCAGACGUGUUUAUCCGUAUGUGCGAACCAUUUGAAGCUUUAGCCCCACCCACUUGGAGCUACCUGCACUGUUGGAGCUGGCUCCGACCUCUGUUUAUAGCCCUAACCCUAUAACACUCGGAAUUGAUUUAGUUUCUUCUCGCCUAUGAUAUAUUUAGCUUUGGGAAACGAUAACCUCAUACUCCGUUCAACUGUCAGGCGUCAUUGCACGCGCGCACACACACACAGAUCCUCCUCCUGUUGUAGUACUACUAUCUGCACUGGUGCUGUAGCUGUGCGUGUGGAGUAGUUGCGCAACUGCGUGGCCUUAACGCUGUAUGCACACAUAUAUCAGUCUAUAGCGUAACGAUUCACAAUUUUAAAGCGUAAAUGGCCUCCGGAGCCGAGAGAGCCGAACUUGGAGACAGCGAACAGGAGGAAGAAGAUGUAUAUGAAGUGGAGAGGAUUAUUGACGUGAGGGAGGUGGAGGGAGAGGUGCUGUACCGGGUGAGAUGGAAGAACUAUUCUUCAGAUGAUGACACCUGGGAGCCGGAAGCGCACCUGGACGACUGCAGGGAGGUGUUGCUGGCUUACAAGAAGGCCCUGUUGGAGAACAAGCCAAAAAAAGACCCUGCCAUGAAGCUACCCAUGAAGAGUGAUUUGUUUGAUGCUGACUCGGAGAGUGACAGUGAUAAGGAGAAACCCAAAGAAUCACCUAUUAAGAAGAAGAAGAAAAAGAAGAAAGUGGAGGAAUCAGAAGAUGAGUUGCCCAUGAAAGAAAAGAAGAAAAAGAAAAAGAAGGAUAAAUGGAAGGAGGACAGACCUCUGCCAGCACCUGAAUCAGAUGAAGCGGAGGAGAGCAGGGAUCCUUCCCCUGUACCUCCAAAAAAAGAAACAAAGAAGAGGCUUAUUGAAUCAGAUGAAGAUGAUGAUUCCCCAGUUACUGUUAAGAAACAAAAGAAAGGCGACAAGGCUAAAGAUGGAAUAAAGCAGAAUAAUGAGUUUGUGGAGGACCGAAAGAAAAAGAAAUUCAAGUCCAAAAAAGAGAUUGAAUCCUCAGAUGAAGAGGGUGACAAGAGUGAUGUGCCUUCUGAGUCCCACACGGAUGAUACGACGAACACGGAAACCCCUGAUUCCUCGAAAAUGACAACAACAAAAGCCAUGGACAAAUUUGCACGAAGUGAGAGUGGUGUGGAUCCCAAGCAGGUCAAGCACAAGAAGGGGAAGUCUGAUAUAAAGCUGCAAGGUUUCAAAGACCUAGUUCAUGAGAAGAAGCCGAAAAAAGAGGUCUCAACAGGCACUCUCAAAGAGAGUGGUUUAAACAAGCUCAAGAGUCUCACUGGUGGCAAGAGCACCAGCAAGUCUUCUCGCAGUGAAGAGGAGCACGACUCCAGCGACACUGGUGCAGCAACAUCCGCACCCAAGACAAAGGUCAAAAGCAAAGGGCAGGAAACGGCCCCACCUUCUCAGAGGCUGUCAUCUGCAUCUAUUUUAUCUUCCUCUACAGCCUCAGUGGACCCCAGCAAGCCCAAAGAGGAGGAGCCAAAGGAAGAUGGUGGGGAGAAGGGGGGUUCCUCCACUAACCUGUUUGAAAAGUUCCUGCUGAACUGUGAAGCAAAAGACCGUGUUCCGAGGAGACAAGCGGAACAGAACAAGAAUGCAACUCCAAAGGCUUCUGGGAAAAAUGACAAGAAAUCCAAAUUCUCAAAGCAGUCUCCUGCACGAAAACCUGAUACAGAGAAGGCAAAAGAGUUGCCACGACCCGGUCAGAGUCCCGUCUCCAUGGAGACAGAUGAGAAACAGGGGGCAUCCGAGACAGAGAAAAGUGAAAAAUCUGAUGGGCCACCUCCCAAGUCAAAAGAGGAAUUACUACGAGAGCAGAGAGAGGAAGAGCAAAGGAAGAGGAAAGAGAAGUUGGAAGAAGAAGAGAGAAAGAGGAAAGAAAGGAUUGAAGAAGAGGAGAGAAAGAAGAAAGAAAGAAUAGAGGAAGCCCAACGGGAGAGAAAAGCACGGAUGGAGGAGGCACAGAGACUUGCAGAGGAAGCCCGGCAAGAACGCCUGGAAAGGAAGACCAUGACUGAGCCAAUGGCAUCUCCUGACUCCACAGAAGAAUCCAGAUGGAAGGAUAAGAGGAGGAGAAGGAGGGAGGAUAGUGAAUCACGGGUCUUCACUGCCUGUGAUGACAAUCAGGAUUCUCAGGAGCCCAUGGAACGCUCAGACAAAACUCCUGACAGGGGACCGCCUUCUCUUAAUCUAGGGGUGGAGCUCAAGCUGGACUGGAUGACACUGGAGGAUUUUCAGAAACACUUGAAUGGAGAGGAUGAAAACCUCUCUCCACUAGCCUUAACUCCCACUGAGCUGCGAGAAGCAGUGAAAAAUGGGAAUUACCUGGCGGUGAAGCGUGCACUUAGUUCUAAAGAGGACUACAAUCUGGACCAGGAGGACUCUAGUGGAAUGUCUUUAACGCUGCUGGCUGCUGCAGGAGGUCAGGAUGACAUCCUCAGGCUGCUUAUUAAGAAAGGAGUGAAGGUCAAUGCCAGGCAGAAGAAUGGCACCACUGCCCUGAUGCAUGCUGCAGACAAGAACUUUUUGACAACAGUAGCCGUUCUUCUGGAGGCCGGAGCUUCCGUAAAUGCCCAAACUCUGGGUGGAGAGACAGCUCUCAUGAAGGCUUGUAAGAGGGGCAAUGCAGAUGUUGUGCGCCUCCUGCUGGAAUAUGGGGCUGACUGCAACAUCCUGUCUAAACACAAGAACACUGCCCUGUACUAUGCCAAAGUUAGCAACAACUUGAUGGUGUAUGAUCUCAUCAAAGACCACAUGCAAACGUUAUCAACUGUGGCAGAGGAAACAAUCAGAGCUUACUUUGAAACACGACUGGCCCUGCUGGAACCUGUGUUUCCUCUGGCCUGCCACAGACUGUGUGAGGGACCAGACUUUUCACUGGAGUUCAACUACAAACCCCCUCAGCACACACCCGGAGAAGGAUCUGGCAUCCUGCUGUUUAUCUUCCAUGCAAACUUCCUUAAUGAGAUCACAGCUAGGCUCUGCGGGCCCUGUAGUGUCCAUGCUGUCGUUCUGAAUGACAAGUUUCAGCUGCCUAUCUUUUUGGACAGCCAUUUCAUUUACUCUUUCAGUCCUGUUCAAGGAGCCAACAAACUGUUCAUCCGUCUGGCAGAGUCCCCUACAGCUAAGGUUAAACUCCUCAUUUGUGCAUAUAGAGUCCAGCUACAAUGAUGCCACAGUCCUCCUUCCAAGUUGAAGGUUACUGCAGAAGCUCCACCUCUCCAAGAACUGAGACUUUUCCUACACUUGUAAACCGAUAGUAACAUGACACAUGCCGAACAGAAGACAAAUUAAGUUUAGAAACGGUUUUGUUUUACUAUGCGAAAAGAUAAGACUGAGAGACUCUAGUACUAACAAGUCUGUAACAACAAAUGCCAGUGGGACUUUAAAUACUUGCUUGGUUAAGCGUUACAAGUGUUUAACGAGUUGCUGGAGGUUCUCUGAUUUUGUCCUUCACAUUUUGGAGUAAAACUGCAUCACUUGUGAGGUCAGCAGAAAUGUGGCAAAUUGGGCCUGGACCUAAUGGUCAUUUGUAAAUCUUGUUUGUAAAGUGUUCCUUUUUGUUUUAUUUUUUUAUUUUAAAUAUAAUUAUUUAUCACUCCAGAUUCACAUACUGUUCUGUUUUAUGUUUUGACAUUUAACCCGGACAAACACAUGUCUGGUGUGCUUUUGUCUGUGUUGCGUGUGCUGAUAGAGUGAUGGAGUAAGUGUGAGACUGUGAUUGAGUGAGUGAAUGAACGAAUGAACAGUUCUUGCUCCCCCCUGUUGCUUUGUGCUUGUAGGACCCUGACAAGACUGGACCUAGUUGUGACUUUGAUUACUAGAUAGGUACACUCUAAACAUGACAUUUUUCAUAUUUUUUCAGAGAAUGUUAUUAUUUUUUAGAAAGCAGAGAGUAAUGGAGUGAAUCCUAAAUUUGACAAAGUUAAGCCAUUACUAUAACAGGAAUCUAUGAUUUUGUGUUCUGAGCUGUUUUAAGGGCUAGUGUGUGUCUGUAUUUUGAGAGGGGGAGCCACACAGCUUGAAGCCAUCCAACUAGGGGCUGAUCUAUGGAGCAUGUUUCUUAAAUGCUGAUUUUGGAUUAGAACGGAUCCUGAUUUUUUUUAUCAUCCUUGUUGUACCAUUUGUAUUGUUGGUUCAUGUUGCAGGUUGUACAUCAGCUCAGUAUAGUUUAUUUUAGCAGAUUUCACUUUACAGAGUUCAGGCAUAACCAUUCAAUAUCCAGCACAUAAGAUCAGGUCACAUUGAUCACACAGGUCACGUGUGUAGUUUUCAUAAACUAUGUAAAAUAAUUUAUGACUGAACUAAGAAUGAGAUUUGAAAUGUACAGCUGCGCUCAUCCUAUUCUCUCUGGAAAGAUCAUGCUUUGAACCGUUAAGUUAUUUUAUUCUUCUGUUUUUCAUGGCCUACCUCUCUUUGUCCCUUCAUUGUACUAUUGAGUGAGACAACGAUUGCUCAUUGAUUCACUUCCUCUUUGGACUACAGUAAACAAAACUACAUACAUUUCCUAACUAUCAAAAUUUUUUGUCUUCUCUUUAAUUGUAAAUAUAUGAGGACUUUAACAUAUACAUUUUAUUAGAAAUAAACUGCUUUUCUGGUGCAGAAUUUCACCUCACAUUAGAGACAAGUAAUUUUUAUUUGUAUAGCACUUUAAUUAUAGACAUAGUUUCAAAGCAGCUUUACAGAAAAUCACAUUGUAAUGUUUUAAAGUACUCAUUGAACAGCUUCAUUGAAAAAAAAAAAAAAAAAAACUUCUUAGGAAAAACAUGUUUUUAAGCCCAGAGUAAAAACGCCAUAAGAUGGUAGGAUAUUGGAUAUUAGUUAAUGGAGGGAAAACUCCAAGAUGCUUAGUUAUUGUGAGGAAGCAUGCUCUGUAUAUAGUAUAUAUACUAUAUACAGUAUAUUUCAAGAGCCAGUUCCCCUCUGGCAACAUUUAGUUUGUAGACAUUAUUUCAGAAUGAAUGCAUGAUUUGGUCAUCUGGGAAAGAUGACUCUUACGAAAACACUAGAGAUGGUAAUAAAAUUAUAGAAAAAAAAUAUUUAUCUUUAGUUGAGCUGCAGGUGUGAGUAAGCCUGAAACUGCUCUUGAAAUAUACUGUAUAUAGUUUACCUUGUAGACUUUUUAUCAAAAGCAUAUUUUUAAACUAACCUUGAGAUGCUUUCUCUUGGCAGUUAUUACAUAUCAUUAAGGUGCACUACACAAGACAAACUGGUAAUCCAUGUACCAGCAAAGAACAUUUAAUCUUUAAAAAUAUCCAUGUGAUGAUUAUCAGUGGCUGUAAAUUGUGUUGAAGAAAAGGACUUCAAUAUUGUAUCUGUUUCUUGCACACCUGUAACAUCACUUUUGAAGACAUAGAUUAAACCACUGGAGU